CUCUUUUACUGCUACUUUCCGUGUAAAGGGACCACCGCCCAGGGAGCCUUGGGGUACGCCUCAGGGUGCGCCCUACUACGCAAGCAGGGUACGCCAAUCACGUAAUAGAUACGGCCCUCUAGUCGCAGCACAAGGGUAUACGCCGCUUAGACGUCGGCGUUGGAGCUGGCGGUUGGAAUCACUAUGACCCGGACUAUGACCCAGUUUGCCCAGCUCACCUGAUGAUUAUGCACUUUCCACCAUAAGCAUUAAUACUGCCGUUUCCGGGUACGAAGAAGCAUUUACGGCGAAAUGGCGAGUGUAGACCCUGUCCAAGUUUUGCGUGGGCAUCUUGGCGAGGUCCAGACCCUCGCUUUUCUAUCGGAGGAUCACUUAUAUUCCGGGGAUAACAACGGAGAGCUCCGCUUCUGGGACCUAGCAACAUGUCGCACUGAGUACAUGGCAAGGCUGCAUGACUCUAAUGCGGGGGUGAUGCACCUGGUGUGCCUGCCCGAGUACCGAGCUCUCGUAAGCCAAGGCAGAGACGGCUGCGUGCGGAUGUGGGCAGUUGGAGAAGCAGGCGCAUUGGACAGAACACGGCCGCUGUGCGAGAUCCGGACCGACUCCUUCAACUUCUGCCGCUGCGCUGUGUGGGCCCCCGCCGCCCCGGCGUGCACCUCAGGGGCUGCUGCGGCGCUGCGGGGUGUCGCUGUGGCCUGCGCCGCCCGGGAUCCGGCGGAGGUGGCGGUGUGGCAUCCCGCUGAGGCCCCCACUGCUGUCGUACAUCUCCGUCAAGGCAGCUUUGAAACCAAGCACGGCAUGUGUAUGUCCCUGGCGUUCCUCCCCACCGACGCCCCGGCAGCUAUCCCGCCGCAACCACCCCUGCCGGCAUCCCCAGAACAGGCCCCGGCCCCGGCCCCAUCCUCACAGCCCUUAACACAGACCAAUAACAGCGAAGCAACUGACAACGCACGGGAAGGCGAGGAGCUCAGGACGGGCCAUGCCAUCAGUAGCUCGGAACAGGGCACCGGCGGGGAUGGCACCGGGGACGGCAGCGGUGGUGUUGCUGCCGCCGCCGACCCACGGUUCAUCAUGACAGGCUACGAGGACGGUGUGCUGGCGCUUUGGGACUUGCGCAGCCCGGGUCGAGCACUGGGGUCCAUCCGUGCGCACCAGGAACCCGUCAUGUGCCUGGACGUGCGAGCAGGGGGCUCCAGGGCCGGCACGUACGACAUGGUUUCUGGAUCCGCCGACGACCAGCUCGCCUGCUGCCGGGUCCGCCCCGGUGAGGCCCAACCGCUGGGGCCGUCUCCGCCGCGGGUGCUGCGGCUGCGCGAGGCUGGCUGUGCGGAUGUGCGCAUCCGGCGGGAUGGCAAGCUCUUCGCAGCCGGCUGCUGGGACGGCUGCACGCGGCUGUACUCGCUGCGCCGGCGCGAGCCCCUGGCGGUCCUCAAGUACCACCGUAACCAGAUGACCUCGCUGGCGUUCAGUCCGCUCACGAACACGCUGGCGACGGCAAGCAGAGACACCACGGUGGCGCUCUGGUCGGUGUACGCGAGCAGGGCGCAGCAGCAGCAGCAGCCCUGAAGCAGGAGCGAUGGAUUGCAAGGGGCAUGCCACAGUUCGUGAGGAGGGGGAUGAGGCUUGAAUGGCGCGUUCAGGGGGUCUGGCAUUGGGCCUGUGGGAGCAGGGUGCAGUUCUGGCGUGUGAUUAUACAUGGCAUGUCGUCGCAGGGUGUGUAAAAUUGAAGAUGGUCCGUUGAACAUGUGAUACUGUUUGUAAAUGUGAAGCAAUUUCAUGCAGACGUCGAUUUAGCAAGAACUUAUUGCAUUUUAUGGGUGUGAAGCGCUCCGAACCCGCGUCUGGUGUGGCUAUGGCAACACGUUUCAUCAAUGCGUAAGUGGUUAUAAUUGUUUGAUAGGCGAGCUUUUAACAGUAUAGUAUUUAACAAUACUCGACCUCCUUUGGGUGGCAACUGCUUUCAGCUGCUAAUCCCACCGACCGUCUGUCGAGAAGGGAAAUCUAUAUCAAAAUCACUGCCUUUGGCACUGCACAAUACUAUAACGUAUCAAGUAUCCGGCGGUAGCCAACAUUGCCAAAUAUGGCGGGCAGCGCCAAUCGAGAAAAGCAACACUUUGAGUUCUUCGGUCCUCAUGGACCUGCGAUCUUGAUGCUUGCGCUACCUGCUGUCGUUUAUGGGCUUGUCAUCGGGUGCAACAAGGAGUCCUGCCUGCAACUAUGGCCUGAGUUCAGGCUGCCGUCGCCUCCAUCCGGCUUGCGAUUGUACACCCAUGAGGCGUUCCUGGCCUUCCUCGGGUGGUUCUUCGGCCUGGUGGCGCUCCACCUGCUCCUGCCCGGACAGAAUGUACAGGGCGUGUUGCUUUCAAACGGAAAGCGACUGACGUAUAAGCUUAACGCUUUUCGGCUCCUCGUGCUGACGUACGGCGCCGCGCUGUACUUUGGAUUCUACACCCGCCAGCUGGAUCUCGGUUGGCUGUACGACAACUUUGCCCCGCUGCUGACGGCCUCCCUGCUGUUCAGUUCCGCUCUGUCCGUCUACCUGUACGUCUCGUCCUUCAAGAAGGGAGCGCUCCUGGGCAGCAUUGGCAACACGGGGUACCCCGCCUACGAUUUCUUCAUGGGUCGGGAGCUGAACCCCCGGCUGCUGUGGGGCACGUUUGACCUUAAGGAGUUCUGCGAGCUGUACCCGGGCAUCAUCGGCUGGGCGCUGCUCAACCUGGGAAUGGCGCACAAGCAGCUCUCGACCCACGGGUCGCUCUCCAACUCCAUGCUGCUCGUCAACGCCUUCCAGCUGUACUACGUGGCUGACGCGGUGUGGAACGAGCGCUCGGUGCUGACGACCAUGGACAUCACCAGCGACGGGUUCGGCUUCAUGUUGGCGUUCGGCGACCUGACCUGGGUGCCCUUCACCUUCGUCACCACCGCGAGGUACCUGGUAGACCACCCGCAGCACUUGUCCCUGGCGGGUGUGCUGCUGGUGUUGGCUGUCAACGCGCUGGGCUACUACAUCUUCCGGGGCGCCAACGGCCAGAAGGACCUCUUCCGGUCCAACCCGAACGACCCGCGGGUCGCUCACCUGCGCACGCUGAAGACGGAGCGCGGCACCUCGCUCAUCGUGAGCGGCUGGUGGGGCACCGCGCGCCACAUCAACUACUUUGGAGACUGGAUUAUGGGGCUGGCUUGGUGCAUGCCGGCGGGGCUUACCGGCCUCUCCGCUGUGGUGCCGUACUUCUACUGCAUCUACUUUGCAUCGCUGCUCAUCCACCGGGAACGCCGCGACGAGCACGCGUGCAGGGUCAAGUACGGCAAGGACUGGGACAAGUACUGCGCCCUUGUGCGCUAUCGCAUUGUGCCGUACGUUUACUAAACGCAUCUUGGCUGACAAGAACAAAGGCGGUUUUGGGAGCACCAGGUUCUGAAUGCUGGAGCUAGCCUCAGAUAUGUCGAGCGAGGAUUUGCAAUUGUUUCAGUUGCGUGUGCGUUGGCAGUUGGAUUCAGUGAUUUGCAUGUUUGUCGGCUGUUACCGGGGCGCCUGGUUGUUGGAAUUGUGAAAUUAAGGAUUCAUAUGAAGAAAGCUAUGCUGCACCUUUGACGUGGUGGUAACUUAAGCUACGAAUUCAGCCAUUGCUCCUUAACGAAGCGACUAACUAGUUGUUAUCAACAUAUGAUCAUUGAAUUUAUACAUGGCAUGCUACUGACCCAAUGAGUGCAGCUAGGAAUGGGAGCGGCGGCCUCCUUCGGCGCGCCUGGCGUGCUGUCGAUAGGUUCUUGUCAGUCGACCUCACACCGGAGCCAAAGUUAGUUUAUUCCUUCAAGGGCCAGCGCGAUGUGGAUGCCUGGAACGUGUUUUCCGACUCAACCUUUGGAGGUCUUUCGAAAGCGGCAUUUGAACUUUCGGAGAGCAAGCAGACAGCCAUAUUUUCGGGGACCUACUCUAAGGAGGUCCUAGAAACGUCGAGACUUAUUCGCUCGGGCUACUGCGGGAUAAACCAAGUGAGGGCUCUCCCCCUGAACCUGCGGAAGUACGACUUCCUUGACUUCCGGGUGCGGGGCGACGGCAACACCUACCUGGCCAACAUUCGACUAGACCAGCUGACAGGUGGCGAUGAGGAAGUGUGGCAGGCGACGCUGCGGACAAGUCCGGACACCUGGCAGGAUGUGCGACUUGACUUCCGUGACUUUGUGUUCACAUUCCGCGGGCGGCUUGUGACGCACCAUGCGCCCACAUCCGCCGGCAUGCCGCGACACAACAUUAUUGCGGUGGGCCUCACCAUGGCUGCCACGGAGGAGAUGCCGCGCGAGGGGCCCUUCCGGUUGGAGCUGGAGUCGGUGCGCGCGGGCGCCUACUCGCUGAGCGGCCAGGCGGCUGCGCGGAAGGCCUUUGCGGGCUACCACCGAUUCCGAGAGGAGGAGGGGCUGGGAGAGGACGUGAUGCCGCGAGUGCAGCCGCCACCCAUUAGCGGGCCGGAGGACCCGCGCCCGCCGGCGUAGGGAACCGGGGGUUAGGGUACGGGGUGUGUGCCAGGGUUUAGGGCGGAUGGGGUUUCAGUUGGCUGGCGGAUUGAGAAGACGGUAGGAAUUGGCGGUGAGGAUGGAGGGUUAUUUGGGUCGUCGAUAUGGCAGGGUGUUGCGAUUGCGAUGCGCUUGGAUUGGAGGCUUGCGCGGGUAGGGUUCUGGUGCUUGGGAUCGUCGCGGCUCUUUUGGUGACACAAGAACGAGUAUGGGCGGACAUCCGGCUGCAUUACAGUGCUGCUUCUUAGGACCUGCAAAGCAGGUCGUGAACCGUAGCUGUUUUAAGCAAGGUGGCCAGGACACCUGGGCCGCUUGCUGUCUAAUUCUUAUGGGUGCGAUGAUCAAUAUACAUGCAAAGUGCUUUGCAAGGAAGCUGCACCAGUACACGGAGUGCCGUGGCUGCGGCAACGGUUGGCCAUGUCUUGCG